AUGACAUCUGUGUGCCUUCUGCUAAAGGUCUCCGACUGCUACGAGGCUCCUCUGCGUAUCACCUGCAGCUAUGUGGCUGUUCCCGCGCAGUCACAGAGCCUCUCACGGCUCAGUGCUGAUCCUAACACUAACCUUGCCCAAGAAGACAAAGAGAUGUUUUUGCGUCUUGUCUGUGGAAACAAAAACAGGAGCGCAGUCUCCCUUCAGCUUUGCUCUCUCGCCUCCAGCGUUGUUUUCAAUCUCAGCGGUUCCUGGCAACAACGUCAUCGCUCGUCUGACAGCUCGAGGAGCGGAACAAACUCUCGUCCAAUCAGAGGCCGCGCUUCUCCCGGACACGCCCACGGAACGCAGAGUAUAAAAGGCUCCGAGGCGCGUCUUCUGAGAGCGAGUGCGCACCGAGGCAGGAGACUACGCGUACGACAGUUUGUAAAUAACUGCAACAGCGAAAAAGCACUUUUUGGACAUCAGCUGUCAAGGGAAAACACCUGUCGACUUGACGCUGCCCUGCACGACUACAAGCUCCUAAAGCAGAACAUGAGCGUGGGCUUCGCCGAACCUUACCGGAACCUCAAGUCCCUGCGCUCCGAAAGCGACUUCUACACCGGAGACGUGGGCUCGCUGAAACUCGCCUCUCCGGAGCUGGAGAGACUCAUCAUCCAGAACGGUAGCGGCGUCUUCACAUCACCCACUCCGGGGCAGUAUCUGUACAGCCGGGGCAUCACAGAAGAGCAGGAGGGCUUCGCGGACGGCUUCGUGAAAGCGCUGGACGAGCUCCACCAAAUGAACCAAAUGCCCCCGCCGAACGUGUCCAUCGGAGCCGGCGGCGUGUCAUCCUGCUCGGCCGCGUCGUCCGUCUUCUGCGCCUCCCUGCAGCCGGAGACGCCCGUGUACACCACCCUGAACAGCAGCAAUCCUAACACUAACCUCACACCCGCGGCCAACUACCCGACAGCCACCAUCAGCUACCUGCCUCACCACCACCAACAGUACCAUCACCACCACCACCACCACCAAGCAACGACGCACCCUCAUCACCAUUUUCAGCACUCGCUCCAUCAUCCGCAGCGACUUGUUGCGCUUAAAGAGGAGCCACAGACCGUGCCCGACCUGCAGAGCAGCGACGGCUCUCCUCCCAUGUCCCCCAUCGACAUGGAGGACCAGGAGCGCAUCAAAACGGAGCGCAAAAAGCACAGGAACCGGCUGGCGGCCACCAAGUGCCGGCGACGGAAGCUGGAGCGCAUCUCCAGGCUGGAGGACAAAGUGAAAGUUCUCAAGUCGGAUAACGCCGGACUGUCCAGCACCGCCUCCCUACUGAGGGAGUUUUGA